UGUUGUUACACUGGAACUAAAAUGGCUGCUGUGAGUUUUUUUCAUUGAAGGCACUGGAACAUUUAUUCCGCUUCUUGCUUUGGAUUUCUUGUCUGUGGUGAUGCAACUCGACUGGCAAGUCGGUUCUGAUGUUUGUCGCCAUUGUCCUGUUCUGCCCCGCUCUGUCAGCUGGUCGUGUUUUGUGGAGUUGUGCAUUUGAAGUGAGCUGUUAGCUGUGGUUAGCCAGCCUGUCGUUUGCUGAAGCUGCAGUGCUGAAGUUUGCCUUCUUCUGCUGGGCUCAUAUUCCCUUGCAUUUCAUGAAUGCUUGCUAUUUAUCGCUAUUGCAUUCUCUAACACAUACUUUGUCAUCAUCCUGUUGAAGUUCGCCACAUUUGUUUCGCAGAUGGUGUGACUGCAUAUACACACAGAUGCAUAACAGUCUGAUUGAGCUGAGUUCAUGUCUCAAACUCUGUGUAUUCGCCUUCAUACGCUUGUCGUUGGGGUUGAGUUUUGAAUGGAAACGGACAGCUGACAGGGAAAUGCACCCGGGAGUGUGUUCCUGAACUGUCUCUCUGAUCUCAGGGCUUGAAUGGUGUGUUUGUGGAGGUGACAGUGCUGGUGUAACACAACAUCGCCUCCUGUCACGCAGCAACCACAAUGCAACAAGUCUUAGAAUAUGCAUUGGAUCGGGCUGAGUACAUUGUUGAAAGUGCUCGUCAGCGACCGCUGAAGAGACGGCUAUCCUCAAGUGGAAGGAAAUCCUUAUAUCAGAAACUUUAUGAAUUGUACAUUGAAGAGUGUGAAAAAGAACCAGAGUUGAAGAAACUGAGGAGAAAUGUGAAUCUACUAGAGAAGCUGGCCUCACAGGAGUCAGUCUCAUGUCUGGUGGUCAACCUGUACCCUGGAAAUGAAGGAUACUCACUUAUGCUUAGAGGAAAAAAUGGAUCUGAUUCAGAAACAAUCCGACUUCGCUAUGAAGAAACCGAGUUACUGGAGUACCUGGAUGCCGAGGAGCUGCCGCCCAUUCUUGUAGACCUUCUAGAAAAAUCACAGGUGAACAUAUUCCACUGUGGCUGUGUCAUAGCUGAGGUCAGGGACUAUCGACAGUCUGGAAAUGCAAAGAUGCCCACCUACCAGAGCCGGCACAUCCUGCUGAGACCCACUAUGCAGACCCUGAUCUGUGACGUUCAUGCUAUGACAAGCGAUCACCACAAGUGGACACAGGAUGAUAAACUUCAGCUGGAGAGUCAGUUGAUUCUGGCCACAGCAGAGCCUCUGUGUCUGGACCCCUCCAUCUCUGUCAGCUGCACCACCAACCGUCUGCUCUACAACAAACAGAAGAUGAACACACGAUCCAUGAAACGGUGUUUUAGGAGGCAUUCUCAAGCAGCACUCAACAGACAGCAGGAGAUGAUGAGCCACUGCCCUGCACUGCCACAGCUCCGACUCCUGGACUACCUGCAGAGGAGGAAAGAGAGGAAACCUGCUCCUUCCAUAGACCUUAAGAUCUCCAAAGCUGGAAAUUGUGUGGACAUGUGGAAACAGAGCAGUUUUCAGCUGACUGUCCCAUCAGAAAUUGAUGUGGAGAAAUAUGCAGUGGCUAAGAGCUCUGUCAAACUAGAUGACACUCAGCCCACUGUUUGGCCUGCACAGGACGUGAGAGACGAUUACAUUUUUGAGUGUGAGGUAGGAGGUCAGCCUCAAAGAACAAAAGUCACUAUCUUCCAGUCUAUGGGGGACCCACAGGUCUAUGGGAAAAUCUACAGCGCCAAAGACUCCAAAUCAGAGGAGGAUGUCACAGACCUACACCUCAUUCACCCACCAUUCCUCAUAGGUUCAAAGACAGACGCUGAUCGGUUUCUGACGCAGUAUAAGGAGGUGUAUGAACGGGACGUUAAGUGUCAGGUGAAGAUGUUGCACAACUCAGGCAGCGCAGGGUCCCAAGGCCAGCUCUCCCCCUCCAGGGAAAACGAGGUCCGACCUCCAUCAUGUAACCCGUAUAGUACACAGGCCUCAAGCGGCCAUCUCAAGUGCCCGACCCCUCCACCUACGAAGAAUCAGUCGCUGUCCCGGAAACACUCCAUGGAGCUUGGCCUGCUGUCCCCUGCUGCUCUCUCGCCCAUGCAGAGAUCAGGUACACCCAAGCCCUCCACACCCACACCCACCAACACGCCGUGUUCUACGCCACACCCUGCCGACAUUCAGAGUGCCACGCCUUCAGUAACGCCCACCCCUCAGGACCCCGCCCUUCCACAGCAGCCCACCCUGCUGACUCCCUUCGCCCAACAGCAGAUGACCCUGCCUGUCAUGACUAUUCCCCUGCCCACGUCCAGCACCACAUCUUCACAGGUCAUGACAAACCCCGCAGGGCUCAACUUCAUCAACGUGGUUGGCCCGGUUUGCAGUCCGCAGACUCUGAUGAGUUCUAACCCAAUGCUGGGUUGUAGUCCUGGUACUCUGGCGUCUGGUAUACCCCUGAGUGGACUAUUGCCCUCUGGUGGUCUCAUGUCUGGAGCUCUUCCUGCCAUGCAGCCUGCUGCUCCAGCAGGUGGGCCUUUUGGCCUGAACAACAGUCCGGGACUGCGACCGCUCAACCUUCUUCAGCUCCCUACGGGACCACUGAUUUUUAACUCUCUACAGCAGCAGCAGUUGUCUCAGUUCUCCCCUCAACAGCAAAGCAGUCAGUCCACCACAUCCAGCCCCCAGCAGCAGGGGGAGGCGGCUGAUCCGGGUCUGACGGCAGAACAGGGUCUGUCCGCACAACAGACAGCAGUCAUCAAUCUCACCGGAGUGGGUGGAUUCAUGUCUCCUCAGGCAGCAGUGCUGUCCCAGCUGGGUUGUGGUCUGGAGGGGUCCGGGCCCAGCCUACCGUCCCCGAGGCUCCAGCAACAGCACCAGCCACAGAUCCAAUUGCAAUUCUUGCAGCACCAAAUGCAACAGCAGCAAAUGGGUAUGGCAGUGGGGGCACUGCCACGGCAACAUUCCGCCAACCAGCCAAAAAGUAAGAGGAAACGCAGCACGCCACAGCCCCUCUCCAAAUCAUGACCUCCGGCUGGACG